CUAUGCAAUAUCUCCAUUGCCCAUAAAAGGCACAACUUAUGUACAAACAUCUAUGUCAUCUUCAUUUUCAUCACUUCCACUUCACAAGAACCCUUAAAAAUCAUAAGUUAAUCAAAGCCAUGAAAGAAAACAAGCCCUAUCUAGUUGUGAUUCUCGUACAAGCCAUCUACGCUGCCAUGUUUCUUCUCUCAAAAGCUGCAUUCGACCAUGGCAUGAACAACUUCAUCUUUAUUUUCUAUAGACAGGCCGUAGCUACCAUAUUCCUUAUCCCCUUCGCUUUCUUCUUUGAGCGGAAAACUGCACCCCCCUUGUCUUUCGUCACUUUCUGGAAGAUCUUUUUCCUUUCUCUCCUUGGGAUCACUGCGAGCUUGGACAUAUAUGGUAUUGCUCUUAUUUACACCUCUGCUACUUUGGCUGCUGCUACCACAAACUGCCUUCCAGUCAUAACCUUCUUCUUGGCGCUCCUACUAAGGAUAGAAGUUUUGAAAGUAAAGAGCGCCCCCGGGGUUGCUAAGUUGGUUGGUGUAAUGGCAUGCUUGGCUGGAGCAGGAACCCUUGCCUUCUAUAAAGGCCCUCGUUUGGAACUAUUAAGCCAUUAUCACCUUUUAGGGUACCAUAAAAGCCAACAACAUUUGGGUCGUCAUGCAUCUGCCUCAUGGAUCAAGGGUUGCUUCCUUAUGCUCCUAUCCAACACCUUUUGGGGAAUGUGGCUUGUGCUACAGACUUUUGUCAUAAAAGGGUACCCUUCAAAGCUGCUCCUCACAACUCUCCAGUGUUUCUUAAGCUCAAUUCAGUCCUUGGGCAUUGCCUUGGCCGUAGAAAGAGACAUUGAGCAAUGGAAGUUGGGGUGGAAUGUCAGACUCCUCGCCGUUGUGUAUUGUGGAAUUAUGGUGACUGGUGUAACGUAUUACUUGCAAACAUGGGUUAUAGAGAAGAAAGGACCAGUGUUUCUAGCCAUGUCAACACCCCUGGCUCUGGUCAUGACCAUCUUCUCCACCGCAAUUCUCUUGGGCGAAAUAAUAACUCUGGGAAGCCUCUUGGGUGGCAUCUCUUUGGUCAUUGGACUGUACUGUGUUCUGUGGGGAAAGAGCAGAGAGCAAAUGCCGAAAGCCUCGUUAGACUUGGAGGAGGCAUCGGGUUAAUUAGAGUGAUGACAUGUCAUGGUAUAUUUAUACUAUAGUAUAUAGUAUAUUUUCUCGUAGCGUUAAAUUGGCAUAAAAUAUAUGCUUAUAUUGUAAAGUAAAGCCAUAUUAUACUAACUGUUUAUAUAGUUUGGAGUAGUUAAUUCUGACUUAUUAAUCCAAAUCCAACAUAUAAAAUUGACUUGUGACUUGUAAAGUGAAAGUUUUAUCUCCUAGUAUAAUCUUUAUUUAUCUUGGUACAAAAUGCUGAUGUAAAAGGCAGAAUCUCCGACGAUCGACCACCUCAUGAAACAAGGAUCAAUAUAAUGUCAAUUGUGUUUCGUGUAAUGUUGGGUCUGUAAUAGCAUUCAUAUUGUACCUAGGAACUACUUAUUAGGAAAGGCUUCCAAUUUCUCUCUCUUUUGUAUUGGUUGGUUAUGCAAAUAUGGUUGUUUUACAAAUAGUUGAAAAACAGUAUAUAUAAAAUUUGAU